GACGAUCAACCCCUUUCUUACACGAUUGAUCCACCCAAUUUACCCUAUAAAAUGGAGGUAGCAUUACCGCCAUUUACCAACACUACAGAACGUCAAGCAGCUGCUUUCAUUGUUCUCGUAAGAAACUCUGAAUUAAAGGGUAUGCUAGAGUCUAUGAAGGAUAUAGAGUAUCGAUUCAAUCGAAAAUUCAAUUAUCCAUGGAUUUUUUUGAAUGAUCAACCUUUCACAAAGCAGUUCAAAAAACUCACAACAAAGGCAGCCUCUAGUAAAACGUUUUAUGGCUUAGUGGACGAGUCGAUGUGGGGCUAUCCAAAAUGGAUCAAUCAAACGCUGGCUGCUGAAGAACGACAAAAAAUGAAGCAUGUACCUUAUGGACUCAGUGAAAGCUACAGACAUAUGUGCCGAUUCCAAAGUGGAUUCUUUUGGCGACACCCUUUAGUAUUGAGCCUAAACCUUGAAUACUAUUGGAGAGUUGAGCCAAACGUAAGAUAUUAUUGUGAGUUGGAUUACGAUCCAUUCCUAUAUAUGAAGCAGAACAACAAGAAAUACGAGCAUUCAGGCACAAUUCCCAAGCUGUGGCAUCAUGUAAAAAAUUUCGCUCGAGAAGCGACUCGUCAGGGAAAGAACUACUUUCCUCAUAAAGUGACAGACACACUAUUUCCAUUUAUCAGUCGCGACAACGGCAAGAGUUAUACAGGAUGUCAUUUUUGGACUAAUUUUGAAAUUGCCCGUUUGGAUUUGUGGUUUACGCAGGCGUAUCAAGACUUCUUUGAGUAUUUAGACAAUGCAGGAGGAUUCUUCUACGAGAGAUGGGGUGACGCGCCGGUUCAUUCUAUUUUUGCUGCAUUAUAUUUGAAGCAGGACGAGAUUCAUUUCUUUAAUGAUAUUGGUUACAAGCAUAGCUUU